AUGGACAUGAAUUACCCGAAGAUAUUAGCUAAUAAUUUCAAUAGCAAUAUGGAAGAAGAAGAAGAAGAAGAAGAAUCGGCGUUCAUUGAAAUGGAUCCUUCACUUUCUCCAUCUAAGAGAUUCUCUAAUGUUAAUCGACAUGAUUUCAAUUUUCCGAUAUCUGAUGAGGAGGAAUUGAUAAUGAAAAAUAAUAUGGCGGAGCCUUCGAAUUCUGAUGAACAUAAGAUAUCUUCAGGGGUUGGGAUAUUUCAGAAAUUGUUGGAUUUUCUGAAGAAAAUGAGUUUUGGGUGCAAAAGUGGUACUAGUACAAAGGUGCUGGAGGGACCAAUGUUAAUGAAGAAGUGGGAAAGUUCUGAAGGGACAUCUUUGACUCCAAGGACAAGUAUAGCUAAUUAUUCUGAAGAGGAUUGGCGCAGAUCUUGUGAUUCUGAGGCAUCUAUUUAUGAAGCUGUUCUUCAUUGCAAAAGAACUAUUAAUGGUGAUGAGUAAUAAGUGAAGGUUUUUUUCAGUACUAGCAAGGAAGAAAUGAAAGUCUACUUGAAUGAUAUAUAGAAGAAAAAAAGACAAGAGAUGUAUGAAAAAUAUUUUGUUUGUGUUGUUGAAAGUUUUGAGGAGA